GGCGUGUGAAGACGAGGCGACUGAGAGGGAGCUUGAGGCUCGGCGAGGCUGUUGGCCGCCAUGGCGCACCGCAGAGGCUCCGCCACCAGCGCCUACUGCCUCUUCGUGCGCGACCAGCUGCCCGAGCUGCAGCGGCGGGGGCUGCCCGUGACCUGCGUGGUCGAUGCUAUCCCCUACUGCUCGCAGGAAUGGGAGUUGUUGACGGAGGAGGAAAAGAUGACAUACACAGAGAAGGCUCGUAAGCAGAGGGAAAAGAGGAAGUCUCAGAAGACAGUGGAAAAGACUUGUAAUCUGGCUCAUCCGGUGCCCAGUGUUACUUCUCUUCCAGAUGCCUCUGCUAUGUCUUGGAAGAAGGCCAGUGCUACUUCUCUUUCAGAUGCCUCUACUUUGUCUUGGAAGGAUGAUCAGGCUGUGGUUGCAGACAUCUUCUACUUCCUGAACAUUUACAGCCAUGGCAAGCUGCCUCCAAGCUGUGAACAGCGUUUCCUUCCUUGCGAGAUUGGCUGUGUCAAGUACUCCCUACAACUUGGAAUAAUGGCUCAUUUCCAUCACUUCAUAGAUCCAGAAGAACCACCACGUGGGUUUCGGUACCAAUGCCAAGCUGCUAGUGAUGCCACUCAUAAGAUCCCUGUAUCUGGAUUUCAUCUUUCACGUACUUGUUACACAGAUGUCUUACAGGAACUUCUUGACUUUGUGCAGCCUGCUGGAGGUGUUUGGCCUCACUUGUACUGCAGGUCUGCUGACAGAUUCCGAGUUAACUGGUGCCUGAAUCGGAUGGCCAGCCUAACAGGAAUUGAGAGCCAUUUGGAGCUUCUAUCUGUAGAAGACCUGGUAGCACAACUGUACCAGAGGAAAUACCAAAAGGAGCCAUCCAAGGCUUGGGUGUUGAAAGAACUGGAUGUGUGCUUGUGGGAUUUCUCUAUUAAUACCAGGUGCAAGUGGCAUGAAGAGAAUGAUAUACUCUGCUGUGCUUUGUCGUCCUGUAAGAAAAUUGCUUACUGCAUCAGUAAAUCUUUAGCUACUGUGUAUGGAGUCUCGCUGACAGCUGCUCACUUACCUCUUCAAUACUUUGAUCUUGCCGAAAGAGCAAAUACCAAGAUGAUGGUACUGGAUCCUGAACGUUUCCAGAAAAUGAAGGCUGAGGGUUCUGGAUUGGACAGACGUUUUGCUCCUUCAAGUCCAGAUCAAGAGUUUGUCCCUUCUAAUUGUGAGUUUGGAAGCUACAAAUGUGUGAUUCUCCAUGUGGUACGAAGACUUCCUUUUGUUGAAUGAGUACCAUGCAAGGAAGAGGAAUUACUCAAUUUCUGAAAAAUGCAUCUGAUUUGUCUGGGAUUUUGAGUAACUGAAAAUGUUUGGUUUUUUUUUUUUACAUCCAGGACAACUACAAAUUCUAAUUUUUCUUGCUUGCCUGAGAUAAUCAGCAGUUUCUCUGGGCUGCAGUUUCCCAUCUUAUAUGCAACCUAUCAUUCUCAUUAGAAUCAUAAAACUAUUGUCUGAAUUUCAAGAAGACUAAGAUCUUGUUUAUUAUCUACAAGAAGACUUAUUUUGAAGAGACCUGUUGCAUCCUCUCUUUAAAAAUACAUGCUAUACUAGUUCUACUCCUUAAUGGAUGGAGUGCAAGAUCAAUUAGUCAAUGUCGUUGGGUUAGAAUAGUUCUUUAGUGGCCAAUAUGACUUUAAACAAGUGCUUUAUUUCUUCUUUAAUAACUUCCUUCCUCUCUGCUGCAUGUGGAAGAUAGGAAUUUCAGUGUAUAACAAUCUCUCCUCAAAACAAUGAUGGUAGGAGAGCAUUGAAGAUAUGAAGGGCUGCACUAGGGAGUUAAAGGUAGAUUAAUCACAAAGGUUUCUAAUAAUCUGUCAGUUCCAGACGUGAAGAAUUUGGUUGGUCAUUUAAAGCAAAAAAGCAGACCUUCUGUGAAAUGUCUUGGAAGAAAUGUGGUGGCAGAUUUGUCCAUCUGUUAAUGUUCUUUUAGAGGCACAGGCUAUAUACAUCAGGAACAAGUACAAUGUAGUUUGGGUUGGAGGUUUUUUGUGUCCUUUUUUGUUUGUUUAAGGAAAUGGAUGUUCCCCAAACUUAAACACUGAAGAAGAGUUUAGCUGUUACGGAUUUUUUUCAAAGGAAUAUCAAAUUCAAACUGAUAUAUUAAUCUGCAGAUAGAAUUUGAUAAGUUUAGUCAGGCUGGGUAGAUACCAAUCAUAGUUACUUGAGGACAUGUGAAAGCUGAGAGACUGAUGUAUUGCUAGGUAGUAUAGAUGUUCCAUUUUAUGAAGACAAAAAUCUUGGACUAGUCUCUUAGCAAUUUCUUUGUUAUCUGAGCCUUGUGCUUAGUACAUGUGUCUUUAAGCAACUGAUACUCUGAAAUAAGAGCUUAUUUUUUGAUUUGUUUCUACAUUUUGUUCCAACAGAGGUCCAGUAAUUUCCAUAGCAACUAACUCUGAGAAGAUAUUUUUUCAUUCCUCAGAAUUAGUUCAUUCUUUUGGAUAAUAGGAAAAAAACACAAACCAACCAACCAAAACCCAGCCAGGAAAAAAAAAAAAAAAAGAGAAGAGAUCGAUACAUUUAUGUAUAUAUAUGUAUAUAUUUACUUGAGCAUGUUGAUAAGCAUGUCAAAAAAGGCCAAUUGCUGUUUAAGUUGGAAACCUGUCACAGUUGUUGCAAGGCCAGGUGAGGCCCUUCAGUUUUGCAAGGUCUCUGAAGCAUUUUGAUGCCUCUUACCUCACAGUUUGCGUAUAUCACUGAUUUUUCUUGAUUUAUUCUCUAUUUACUUCCUUACUGUAAUCUUUUAGUUACUUUCAGAUGUCAAUGUUGCAAUAAAAGUUUGCUAUUUUAUUUUUUCUGAAGAAGAGAAUUCAUUGUUACAAUUAUCAGCUGAAGUACACAAACCUAUGAGCAUUUUUACUAUGCUUAAGGUAUUAUGUGUCUCCAAGACUGAGAUUAAAAAGUCUGAGAAGAAAUGGAGGAAUACAGAGAUAGGGUUCCAUGGCAUGUCUAUGCUUUACCACCUGGGACUUAAAAUAGUACAUGUACUGUAGACAACCCAGUUACAUGCUGUAGACAGUGGGCUGCUAACUAUGGCAGUAACUGUCUACUGUAAUAAUCAACAACCUGUGACAUGUUUUGUAGUGAAAACUGUAAGCUCUAUAUGAUGAGGCUGAGUAUACUAACUGGAUGUAGUCCAUUUGAUACUAUUUGUCUGUUCAUACCAAGGAGGAUCUCUAACAGCUGUUGGAAGAUGAUAGAAAAUCCUUUCAUUUUGGAGCUCUAAUUCCCUGGCUGUUUUAUGUUUUGAAACUUUGAUUUCUUGAAAAAUAAAUUCUGCUUAAUUAACACAA